CUGUACAAACGUUGACUGCAGUCUCUGCCAGUGUACGACGAUCUAAAGAAGUUUCUAUUCGGUGCACGCUAAACGACGGCAAUUCGUUUUAUAUUUAUUUUCUUAUUUACUUUCUCUGCGUCGUCCCAACGUCGCGUUGCACAAAAUUCGUGUGUAAUAUAAAUGUAUGUACAUGGUUCUAAUAUCCAUCUAGUGUUGAGUUAAACGUAAACCGAGUGUGUCAUUUUAGUUUUAAUUCAAAAAUCUUAUCAAGCCGUGUGCCAGAAAGUACGACCAACGACAACAUCUCCAUUGUGGUCAAGAGAGUCCGAGGAGGUGAUAAGGUCAUUGUCGCUGACACAUAAGUUUACUAUGUCUAACGAUGAACGAUCACAACGUAAUAAUGCAGAUUGUGUCACUACCACUAGAUCGUGACGACAUAAUCCGAUCUGUAAAAUGUACUGGAUUCAUCAUCGAAAUCGAGGAAAACUCUGUGCAUGAUCUUUGUCGCAUGACAUAUUAGAAGUUUCAUUCGACAAUAUGAAACGUUUUGCUCCGCAUUGUACGAAGAACAGUUUGACAAUGUCGUUGCUUGCCGUCAUCGUCUCUACAACUUUACUGUUGUCUACGAAGACAACAGUAGUACAAGCCCAACAGCAAAGAUUUUUUUUGCCUUCGACCAAUAAUGGAAAUUUCGCUUUACCUCGAGUGCAAUUUCAAGAUGAUACGGAGAGUGACGAGAUAAUUGCGCCUCAACGUAGGCUGUCUGCUGCUGAUCCUUCACCGUUAUCUAAUCCAGCUAGUUCAUCUAGUUUUUUCACAUCGCAACAACAACUACCACCAGGAACAUUUACAAAUUCUGGGCCAUUUUCACGACCACCCAAUGCCCAACAAUUUAUUUUAAAUGGACAAACACAAUUUCAACCAAUUCGAAACUCGGGUUCCUUAAGUUUUUCUGAUGCCGCAUCUGCAGUUCCGCAACCAUCAUUCUUCCAACAAGCACCAAUUCAGCGUCAACAACAACAACCACUUCAACAACAACAACAGUUUAAUUUCUUUCCAAGUGGUUCCCAACAACAGCGAUUCCGACCAAUUGUACAACAACAACAGCCACGUACAGAUCAGUCUGAAUCUUUAGAAAACUUCGAUGAUAAUCAAAAUCCACAACUCUCAUUAAUAUCUCAACAAGCGAGUCAAGAACGCUUUAAUAGUGAUUCUUCACGUCGACCUUUAUCUCAAAUAAAUGGAAUUUCACCAACUUCUAGAAGUCCGCCAUCUGCGGUACCUAUUAGAUGGUGGAAUCCAGGAACAGCUGACUCUGAAUCAGGGGCUGUUAAUACCGAUAACGAAUCAGUAACUGGAAUUAACACAAGAGACGAAGUAGAAGAAUUUAACCAGCAAAGGCAACCUCCAAAACGUGGACGCGGACAACCACAACAGGGGAAACGAAGACCUAUAACUACAUCAGUGCCUUCUUCGGUUCCAAGUUUAGAUGAACAACAAGAACCAGCUGCCGUUGGAUUUACUGUAAUACAUGACGAGAAUGAUGAUAGAUCGUCGUGGUCUCAACCAACUAUUACUACACAUAGACCACAGUCUGGACAAACAUCAUUUCGAAAUAGAAAUACGCCAACUGUAAACCGACGACCAACUACUUAUAAUCCAUUAUCUGCUGUAACAAUUUCUCCUACAACUAUAAGGUCUUCACCGCCAUUAUCUGUAACACUUAACAGACAACAACCAACUACUGUGAGAAGUAGAAAACCAUCAUCGUUUAUUUCAACUACAAGUACUUUUAAUCCUUUAGAAGACGAAGAAGAAGAAUUACUUGUAGAAGAAAAGCAUCAAUUUUUACCUCGGAAGAAUAUAACGACAACAACAACAACAACAACUCAAUCUCCUCCGGUACCAAUUACUACUCUUAGGACACCUUUAAGACCUAGACUUAAUACCCCAGUGACUUCGUCUCCACAACAACAACGAAUGAAAAAAAUUGUUAAUAAUCCUGCUAUAAUUCAAAGUAUAAUAAGUAGAAAACCUACAUUGACUACUACUUCUACCACUACUACAACUACAUUGGCUCCCACAACUACUACUACUAAUCAUGAAAUAGUAGAAGAGUACGAAGAGUAUGAAGAUGUAGAAUACAGCACGUCAGCUUACACAACAACAACUGAGCUACCAUCAACUAAAAAACUCACAAAAGCACAACCGGUUACUCAACCGACUAAACUUAUCCAAAAAACCCAGCCAACUAAUGUUAGUUCAAUAGGAACAACUGAAAGUUGGUUUGUAGUUGCUAGUGUACAAACAAGUCGAUCUGUUUCGUCAUCAUCAAACUCGGCUAGUGGAACAAAUAAGAAUCUUACAGUGAAAGAGCCAACAACAUCCACAACAAUUACUCCUACAUCCAAACAUAGAUUUAAUAAUAAACCAACAAUAACAACUACUAGUACAACUACAGUUGAAAGUAUCAUUGAUAAAUUAGAUAGAGUUCAAUCGGAACUGUCAAAUGGUAUAUUAUACGGUAGUUCUUCAAAUACUAAUAAUAGUCGUCAAAUUUUGACUGAUAUGCAAAAUAGUGGCAACAAUGAUGAUAAACGAAAUGAUAUUAUCAUACCAUCGUUUACAACACCUCCAAACAUUGAAAAAACAACUGUAACUACAAUAAGUACUACAAUACCUACUACUACUACUACUACUACUACUACUACUACUACCAGUAAAUCUAUUGCUACUGCUACAACUAGUACUGCCAGGACAACAACAAGCAAAAAUGAGAAUGAAGAUGAAGAUAAGGAAGAAGAAGACGAAGAAGAAUCUGAUGAUUCUGAUAAAGAAACAACGUUUGUUCGCAAAUUUGUACCUUCCAAACAGAGAACUUCUACGGUUUCUACUAUUUCUACAGUAAGCACAUUAAAACCUGUAUCACAAACAGGAAAAAAGAAAAGUUUAGUGGACUCGGUUAAAUUUGAUGAGUUAUUAACAAGUGGAUUACUGCCCGCUGGAUUCAACCCGAAGCCACCGCCAGCAUAUAAAUCUAAAACUAUUACGACCACAACAACAACUGAAUCGUCUUUGCCAGUUACUAGUAUCACACAACCAACUACUAGUAGUAGCAGAACUACGUUUAAUCCUACAUCUAGUAUUACUAGUACUACUACUGUAAAAUCUAAGUUACCAGGUUUGAACAUUAAAUUUGUUGAUGAUUCUUCAGCUCUAGCUUCGCUAUUGCCACCGGGAUUUAAAUUAGAAGAUACUAUUAAACCUGUAGAAAUUUUGUCACCUUCAUUACUUCCACCAGGGUAUAAGCCACCUGCAGAAAAUGAAGAUACAACUAAUACAAAUAAGGAACCUGAAGAAGUAUCCACAACAGUAAUGUCAAAAAUCGAAGUACCAUUAAGUACAACAACGGCAGCCGCCUCUAGCAGUACGACAGGAUUAGUUUUCCCCAAUAGUGGUAAAGGAAUAAAUAGUUCCGGAACCAGGAAACCGUUACCAUCAAAUAAAAAAAUGCAAGCUUCAGUUACAACUGCUCCUAUCAUCCAAAAAGGAUGGCCAGUGAGGGCCAGCACUGAGUUUACUGGUUGGUCUACGCCAUCGACCACACCACUUUCUAUAGAAAAACUGUUAGAACAAUCCAAAGCAUCUGAUCUAGCUGCUUCAAUGACAUCUACUGUAGAGCCUACAACUAGUUCUACAACUACUACAACGACUUCUACAACAACUAUGAAACCACCUCCAACAACUACACCCGGCCAGUGUUCUGAAAAUGAUUCGGUUUGUGAACUUGUUGGUACUGUACGAUUAGUUGGUUCUGGGUCAGAGAAAUGGGUACCUGAAUUACUUGACCACAAUACUCCAGAAUGGAGGUCAUUAGCUAACGAUAUUGAAACUCAACUUGAUAAAGUGUAUAGUAAGUCACCUGCAUUAAGUAAAUGGUACAAGAAAAUAACCAUCGAUUCAUUUAGUCCUGGAAGUAAUGUAAUCAGUAAUGGAAAAUCUGAUAAAAAUGCUGGAGUUCUUGUUGACUUUUUCGUACAACUUAAUCAGUUAGGACGUACAGUCAGUACUGCAGAUAUUCGUCGACUAUUUCAUGAAACAUUGCAAAAAGAAGGAAGUUUAGGAUCGUCUGCACAACCGUUACAAUACGGAAAUGGUGGUGACUACGAUGGUCUAUAUUUAAAACUAGGAAGGUUCACCGUUGAUCCAACACGCACGGAUUUCAUUGUAUUGCCCAAACCUACAAGAGGAGUGACUGCGACCGCUGGGACAGAUGACGCGUGGUUACCACAAUGGGCUGUAGCUGUCAUGGUCAUUGGACUCGGAUCAUUACUUUUCGUAUUAAUUUUCGGCAUAACAGUGCUCGUCAGUCGUAAUAAGAGCAAUAAAAAAGUACCGCCGCCGACGAUACAGCCAUCUAUGAUUUCCGAAGAUCACCAGCAGCCUAUAUACGGUACAGGCAAAAAUGGACCUACAAGUGGGAGUCGCCAUAUGUUACAUCAUCCGUCAUCGCAUUCAAAUUCCAACUAUAACAUCAGUUCAUACGGUUACGAUAACUAUGCAGUCGAUGACGAUAUGAUGAUGUUGGAUGAAGACGAUCUAGAAGAUGUUGACCGUUUGUACGACAUGGAUGCGGUAUGGACCGAUCACGACCACGAAAAGCUCAAAAUUCCACAUAACGGGGUCGGGAAAAAGCAUCGAGAUACACAGCAUUACGAUAGCUGGCGAUCAACAGCAUUAUCACCUCAAACGUUAUCACCGGUUCAAAGUGGAUAUUAUACCGGUGGAGGCGGUGGUUAUAGUUACGGUGCAGAGCAUAAUAAUUACGGAGAUGAAAGGCGACAUUAUCAUCGUGAAGCCACAAAUCCACGAUCACAUCAUCAUUACCCAAGCUCUCAUCAUAACCCCGGCACGUCUUACACGACUAGUCCUAGGAAGCCACCUCAACAGUAUCACCCUGACUACGAUACAGAUUUUUGAUAAAUUUACCGUCAUGCGUUAGACGUAACGUUCAGUUGCCAUUUAAGUUGAUAAUUAGGAUUUUCAGUAAUAAAUUAAAAGUAUUGCUGUGUAUAUAAAUAAUACUCGCUCAUUUAUUAUUUUUAUAUUCUAUUAUUAUUUUAUUGCAUACAUAUUAAAGUUAUACUGUCUUUUCAAA